AUGUUUCCGAAUAUAAUACGGCAUUAUAGUACAGCUGCAGCAACAUUAAACCAUUAUCAACUCUUAGAUAUCCCCCUCAAUGCAUCUAUCAAAGAUAUAAAAAUGCAAUUCAAGAAACUUUCCAAAAAAUAUCAUCCUGAUUUAAAUCAACAUUUAUCCAAGGAAGAUAAAGAAAUAAAUAAUGCAAAAUUUGUGAAAAUGGUAGAUGCAUAUGAUACUUUAAAAGACGCCAAAAAGAAACGACAAUAUGAUAUGACCCUAAAAUCUCAGGGACUGUUUUAUGGUGGACAACAACUGGCAUAUAGAAGGCUGGGGGAAUUUAAUAAUAAAUAUUAUGGGGAAGCGAAAUAUUAUUCUCGAUCUGGUAGCAGUCAUCAUUAUACUGCACUGGGAUAUAACACCAGAAGACAUCGGGUUUAUUUUAAUGGAAAUCUGGCCGGAGCAUCAUCAUCAUCAUCGGGGGAUACGAAUUUUGAAGGACAACAUCGAGAUUAUGGAAAUCGAUAUUCAGUUCCACAUUUCGAUUAUCAAGAACAUUUGAAUAGAAAUCUUAAAUUUGAACAAUUACAACUUGAAAAACAAUUAGAUCAAGCUAGUAAAGAUAGAAUUUUACUGGAAUUGAAGAAUAGUUCUGCGUCGGAAGAAGUUAAGAUAAAGUAUUUAUCAAGACAUGUGAAUUCUCAACGGAGAGCAAUAUCAGGGGGACAGAAUAAUCAUACUAGCAGUAGUGGAGGGAGUCUGUAUCAACAACAUAUGUAUCAGGCCCAUGAUGAUUCAGGAAGUAUGAUUAGGAAUAUAGUGAUUGCAGGAGGAGCUUUAAGUUCGAUAUAUAUAUUGUUUAAUUUGUUUAGUUAA